GGCAGCUGUAAAAAAGAAAAUCACCCUCCGACCACGCAACCCCUGUCAUUCGCCAAAGUUUUCACAUACGUAGUGUGUAGUUGAAUGCGGGCAUCUACUUGUCGGACCUUUUUUUCUCUUCCCGGAGUACCUGCAAGUUUCUGCUAUUAUCCGGAUUGAGGAUCUGAGGAUCCUGAAUCCUAAGAUUAUUCGGAAGCCAGAUUGAUCCAGUGUAAAUACUACUAUUUCUUUGCUCUGGAGCAUUAAUUGCUUCUUUGGCACCAGAAUUUUCCUGAUUUGGACUUGAUUUUAGAAGUGCUGUUCAUUUUCUCUCAAAUUUGCAGCCUAAUAAUGGUGAAAUCAUACAUUAGCAGAAUGCUAAAACGAUAUGGCCUGGUUUACCCGACAAUUGGGAUUGCAUCGCUUGUGGCUUGUAUAUACAUGUCUUUUGGUAACCUAUGGCCAGAUUUCCACACAGAAACAAAACUGAAUUUUGUGGAGAGGAAUGGGACUCAGUUCUUUGUGGAUGGUAAAGCCUUCUAUGUUAAUGGGUGGAACUCUUAUUGGUUGAUGGAUCAUGCUGUGGAUGAGGGUAGAAGACCAAGGAUCAGAGCCAUUCUGCAAGCUGGUGCUAAGAUGGGUCUCACUGUAUGCAGAACCUGGGCUUUCAAUGAUGGCACAUAUAAUGCUUUACAACUUUCACCCGGCAUAUAUGAUGAAAGUGUUUUUAGAGCCCUAGACCAUGUAAUUGCAGAAGCGAAACAAUAUGGAGUUAGGCUGUUACUUUGCUUGGUUAAUAACUUGCAAGCUUAUGGGGGGAAGUCUCAAUAUGUUAAGUGGGCAUGGGAAGAAGGUCUUGGUUUAAGCUCCUCUAAUGAUUCAUUCUUCUAUGAUCCAACCAUUCGUAGUUAUUUCAAAAACUAUGUCAAGACGGUAUUAACAAGGAAGAACACAGUUACAGGUGUUGAAUACAGGGAUGAUCCCACUAUUUUUGCGUGGGAAUUGAUUAAUGAACCUAGGUGCCUGACAGAUCCUUCAGGUGACACCCUCCAAGAAUGGGUUGGAGAAAUGUCAAGUUAUAUAAAGUCAAUAGACAGGAAUCACUUGCUGACUGUGGGCCUUGAAGGAUUUUAUGGUCCAAAAAGUCACAAAAAGAUGACAGUCAAUCCUAAUUACAUGUCGUCUUAUCUUGGAACAGACUUCAUCCGCAAUAAUAAGCUCCCAUCUGUGGAUUUUGCCUCUGUUCAUAUCUACCCUGACCAUUGGGUAAAGAAUCAAAGCUUUGAAGAAAAAUUGGAAUUUGUGACCAAAUGGGUACUCUCUCACAUUGAAGAUUGUGAAAAGGAACUGAAGAAACCUGUCAUGUUCACCGAAUUUGGACUGUCGACCAUGAGCAAGCAUUUUGAACCAUCUCAACGAGAUAGGUUCUACAAGGUUGUUCUUAACAUCAUAUACAAGUCUGCAAAACGAAACAAAGCUGGUGCAGGUUCUCUUUUCUGGCAGUUCCUUGUUGAAGGAAUGCAAGACUAUAAUGAUGAGUUUGGGUUUGUUCCUUGGGAGAGGCGAUCGACAUAUCAGCUGAUUGUCGAACACUCGUGUAGGCUUGCUAGAGUUCACGGUGAUGGUCGCCAUAAAUGUUUUAUUUAGGUGAAAGUUUUGAACUUUGUGCAAAAUGUCUGAUUGUAUUCUUUGUAUUUGUUUGAAAUCUUCAGUGGUGUAAGAGCCAACUAUACUUACUGUAUUAUAGUUGUAUACCAUGUAUUUGACAAUGGAAUUGUUUGCAGUCUUUAAUGGAAAAGCUUAGAAGGUACCAUGUGUCAUAGUUAGGGAUGAGUGGGAUGACAAGUGAGUGUAAUUUUGUUGAUUCCGCAACGUACAAGAACCAGUUAGUGUGAUAUAUAUCUCUC